GAGAGUGCAGCCAGAGAGACAACACUCGAACAAGACUUCAGGUUAUGGGUUGUUGAUCCUGUAAACCUGGGUUCAAGGAUCCCAGCUGCAUUGUUGUGGACAGAAAAUCUACCUGCAAUUUCUAGAAGACAUCCACAGGCAAGAAAGUCACAAUGGAACUCUUUAACCCACGUGGAAAUGCAGUCUCAAGUGGACUUCAAAUUUUGCUGGUUGGCCCCAGAAGAACAGGCAAGAGCUCCACUGGUAACACCCUGCUGGGCCGAGGGCAGGUUUUUGACACCAGAGGAGGCGGGGCCAGUACAGUUGCUACUGCCGUAACUGCUGGGCGUCAUUUGACUGUGGUGGAUGCACAAGGUUGGGGUUCAAGUGAGGAGCUUGUUCCCAAAGAGGAGAAAAUUGAGCUGCUGAGAGCUUUGUCUCUGUGUGGACUUGAAGGGCCACAUGUCAUUCUGUUAGUAAUUCCGCUGCUGGACUUCACUGAGCCUGAGAGGAGGGCGGUGGAGAGAAGGAUGGAGGUCCUUCCUUCUGCAAUAUGGAGACACACAAUGGUGCUGUUCACUUUCGGAGACCAUCUGAAGGUGAGACAGUGCAGCAUACAGGAGCAUAUCCAAUCCGGAGGCCCUGCUCUGCACUGGCUGAUGGAGAAGUGUCGCUAUCGAUACCACGUGUUGGAUAACAAGACGGCCAUCCCUGGCAAGCAAGGGGGACCAAAGCAGGAGGUGAACGAAGGGGGAAGGAAACAGGGAUGGAGUUGGAGGAAGAAAAAUGAGAAAAGGGUGGGAAGUGCAAGCAGAGGAGAUGAGGCAGAUGGGAGAAGGGAAGGAGUGCAGGAGCAGGUAAGAGAGCUGCUGGGUAAAGUGGAGGACAUGUUGCAGGAAAACGGGGGAUGGCACUUCUCCCUUCACAUGUACCAAAGACUGGAGGAGGAAUGGUGCCGCAGAGAGCUGCAGCUCAGAGCUGGGCUAGAGGCAGAGACAGAUGUGGGAAAGAGAGAACAAAAGACAGCAGAGACAAAGGUAAAAGUGGAGCCAGGACAAGAGGAGAGGUUUGAGCAAGAAAAGCAGGGACCGAGCCUGAGGAAAGAGCUGCAGAACAAGCAGGAAUGUGUGGAGGGGGAGAUAAACAGAGGGGAGGACAAAGAAGAGGUAAUCAUUGUGGCGCUUAAGAGACAGAGCAGUGAGGAGGAUAGCUGGGAUACAAGCUCUGACAGUGGGGAAGAGAAGGAGGCAGAAAGGAGUGUAAUACUGGAGGGGAAGAAGAAGAAGGAGGGCACUGAAAUAAAGAUAGGAAUGAUGGCUCCUUGUCGGCCGAAUGGGAGUCAAAGGUCAGCCUUCAGUCCAAUCUGGAGGUUUGCCUAAAGUAACUGUGUUCAACAUUGCUUUUUUCAAGCCAGCUGGGCACCGUGGCUUGUAUAAAACUGACACAAUGACCACUGACUCCACAUGAGACAUCUGCAGCCACAAGUGGCACGUUUAUUCUUUGAUGCUGUGACACUAAAUCUCCUACUGAAUCACCCACCACAUAAUUCGAGAGAACAUUCGUGGACGUUCACAUAGAGCCGUUGUCUGCUCCAAAAGGACCACUGCACUCAAUCUGACACUGAGGAAGAAAAAAAAAAGUUUAAGUUGUGGAGAAAUGUGUUCGUUGGAUGGGGAGCUUGAAAGCACUUACAUGUCUGUACUAUAAAUACAAAGCUUCAGUCAACAAGGUAGUCUGGCUCUGGUACUGUGCCCAAUGAAAAAAUAGUCACAACCCCUAUAAAACUGACACAUGUCCAUUUAACAUGUAGUUUCUUGUACCGAAUAAACUGCAUUUUAUUUAGUCAGUUUUACAGGUGGUGGUAGAUAUUAAACAGACAGAAUUAGCUGUUUCCAACUAUUUCAAGUAUUUAUGGCAAGUAAAGCUUGAAGCCCCAUAUGAAGACACACAUUGAUCCAAUUAUCUGUUUGUAAAUGUAAAUAAAAUAAUUUUCAAAAAUAUCAACAUAUUCCUUGGUUGUACAAAACUGACAGAAACACAAAUAAAUGUAAAAAGUAAUGCAAAACAUGUA